UAUAUGAUCCAAAAAAUAAAGAAAAGAAAACAUCAUCGUCUUUGAUAACAUCGUCCAAGUCCGGCCGGACACAUUGGACACUUGUGCCCGCCCGUCUCCAUUUCCUAUGAUUAUGAAACCUAUAAUAAAUAAAUAAACCACCUCUCUCGUCCUCUACUAAUUAAUCUCCUUGUAUCUUCCUUUGCGUCCUUGUUCUGUUUGGGGAAUUUGAUCGAACGACUAAUGGGCGACGUCGAGACAUUGGCGAAGGCGAGAUUAGAGCUUGAAGAACUCUAUCUGGGAGUCCCCGACGACUCCGUCAAUCUCACCUUCCAAGACCUUGCAGACGUCAAACAAAAGCCCGGGAUGAAGAAGACCACCUCCACUAUGACCAUCAUGGAAGCCAUUGAAGAAGUUCAAACCCCCAAACACGUCUCUUCACCAAUUAAAAAACUACCCAGCCUUGAUUUCAAUCGCGCCUUACAACCAUCCAAACCUCACAAUCUCCACGAUGGAUAUGAAGAUGGAGCUGAUCAUCAUCGUCGCCACUAUGACCAUCACGAUCACCAUCAUCAUCAUCAUCGUAACCAUGUGGUUGAGAGUAGCAUCGGAGCAAUUGACGACGUAAGUGGCGUGAGCAUGGCUUCCAACUUCCCAGAUAGGGGCGGACGGCGUCGGCCUGGAAUUGCUCACUCCAAUAUAUGCACCAUUUGCACAACUUACAUUUGUAUUUUCAGGCAUCGGUGCCUGGUUUGUGGAAGAGUCUACUGCAGGAACUGUGUAGCCUUAGGCAUGGGAGACAUGACGGAAGGAAGAAAAUGCCUCGACUGUCUGGGCAGAAGAUUCAGCCAACGAUACAUAAAUAAAGCAGGGAAGGUUGGGUGUUGGUCAAGGUACCCAGCAAUGGUUAAGCAAGCAGAGCUCAAAUGGGCGGAGAAAGGGCCAAGGAGAAGCGGUGAAAGAGGGUACGGCCGCAGCGGUGUUAUGAUGUCCAGAUCAAGAAGCCCGAUGACCCCAAUGAGGCCACAUCGUGGAACCAGUAACCCUCCGUCUUUUGUCUCACCGUCCUCUCCUUAUUCUCCUUAUACUACACCUCCGACUCCUACUCACCAUCACCUCCCAUUUUAAUUAUAAUAUGUUCUGUAAGUUAAUUAAUACUUUAUAUUACAACUAUUAAUAUCGGAUUUUCCCCCUU